UAGCACGUGUUAUUAAUAGAUAACAUUAUGUUUCUAGUAGCGGUUAUGUAAGAUGUACGUGUUGUCAAUUUUUCUGUUAAAUUCAUCCAUUUCAGGUAGAUUUAGCCUGAUAAAUGGUUUGAAUGGUGUCCGUUGACAAUGAAAGUGACGUUAACUUUGUGUUCCUCGUUUGACUUUGGAGCUGUGUUGUUCGUCUGAUUUUGAUGCGAAGUGCAAGUGAAGUGGCCUAGAGACCUACAUUCGUUCAGCGUUCGAUUUUUUACGCGAGAAUAAUAUCUGUGAACCUUGGCAUAGAAAGUAAAGCUUUAUGUGAAACCUCGGCUAGGAAUUUUAUUCGUCACAAUCGUGGACUGUAAAGAUAUUAAGAUGCAUGAGGAAGAAACGGGUUUAAGCGUUCCAACUAGUUCAGCCCCGGCUUGUUCAACUCAACUCGAGUCUCAGACAGCUUCCGACCAUAACAAUUCUCCUGAUCUACAAGUGUUUUCCUCAAAUUCGACAGAACUAUCACCUGAGAUAGACGAUGACACGGAAUUGAAAUACUGUCAACGUUCUGAAGUAGGAGAAUGGAUUGAGUGUUCUCCCACUGAACCAUCGAUAGGAUCGACCCCUGACCAGGGUCUACUCGUGUCAGAAUCGACGUACGACACCUCCAGUUUAGAUGGUGGGGGUGGCACAGUGGAGGCGGCAGCAGCCUACGGCCAGCCCGCCCUCGGAGGCACCGCCUCCGCAGACCUGCCGGACACCAAGGAGGGAAUCGAGGAGCUGUGUCCGGUGUGUGGUGACAAGGUGUCCGGCUACCACUAUGGCCUGCUCACCUGUGAGUCGUGCAAGGGCUUCUUCAAGCGCACCGUCCAAAACAAAAAGGUGUACACGUGUGUCGCCGACCGCAGCUGUCACAUCGACAAGACGCAGCGCAAACGCUGUCCGUUCUGUCGCUUCCAGAAGUGCCUCGAAGUCGGCAUGAAACUAGAAGCGGUACGAGCCGACCGGAUGCGAGGCGGACGCAACAAGUUUGGCCCAAUGUACAAACGCGACCGAGCGCGCAAGCUGCAAAUGAUGCGCCAACGACAAAUGGCUGUGCACACACUCAGAGCCGGCUCCGCCUCCUCGCAGUACGCGGCCACUGCCGCCUCCCUUGCCGCCCCCACCUCCGCACCCACGCCCGCACUCACACUCACCUACCAGACGCCCGCCGCCUUCGGCCAGCUACACAUCAAACAGGAAAUUCAAAUACCUCAGGUGUCAUCACUGACGUCAUCACCGGACUCGUCGCCGUCGCCAAUGGCGGUUGCACUGGGCCAGGCGGCAGUAGGAGGCGGAGGCGGCACCCUAGGCUCAGCCACGACGGCCGGAGGCGGCGGCCAACCUCUGCCCCUGGGGGCGGCACCCGCCGGUGCUUCCACCGCCUCCGGACCCGACAAUUCCAACUCAAAUUCAAAUUCCAACCUAAAUUCGAAUACGGCGAAACUGUGGUCAAGUGCCGCCUCGAAAGGUGGUUCCGCCUCCAGUGCCGCCUUCCAUCACCUCGACCCGUCCACGAAUGCCGCCCCCAACUCGUGUAAACUGUCGCCGAUGAUCAGGGACUUUGUGCAGGCGGUCGACGACCGAGAGUGGCAGAACAGCCUCUACAACCUCCUCCACAACCAGACGUUCAACCAGUGCGAGGUCGACCUGUUCGAGCUGAUGUGCAAGGUGCUCGACCAGAACCUCUUCUCGCAGGUCGACUGGGCCCGCAAUUCCGUCUUCUUCAAGGACCUCAAGGUGGACGACCAGAUGAAGCUACUGCAGCACUCGUGGUCGGACAUGUUGGUUCUGGACCACAUGCACCAACGCAUGCACAACCAACUGCCGGACGAGACGGCGCUGCCCAACGGCCAGAAGUUCGACCUGCUGUCCCUGGGGCUGCUCGGCGUCCCGGCGCUACAAGAGCCCUUCCACCUCAUCACCACCAAGCUGCAGCAGCUCAAGUUCGACGUCAGUGACUACAUCUGCUGCAAGUUCCUACUGCUGCUCAACCCUGAAGUGAGAGGGUUGAUGAACAAGAAGCAUGUUUCCGAAGGACAUGAACAGGUGCAACAAGCCCUACUCGAGUACUGUGUUACGUUUUACCCCCAAGUUCAGGAUAAGUUCAACAAGCUGCUAGCAGUGAUGCCUGAAAUCCACAACCUGGCGAACCGAGGCGAGGACCACCUCUACGUGAGGCACUGCUCUGGCGGCGCGCCCACCCAGACAUUGCUCAUGGAGAUGCUGCACGCUAAACGCAAAUAACCUCACAGGCUUGAAGCGAUUGAUUCGCCGUGUAGCAGUUGUCGUCGGAGGGAUGGAGGCGAUGGGAGAGACCAGAGCCAACGCCCCAAAAAGGAUCUCACAACCAGGUCACCAUCAUCACAGCCAAGGUCACGAGCAAGGUCAAGGUCACCAGCCGCCAUCUUGGACCACGCAAUCACUCUUUUACAGUGCAAUACCGUUAGUAGUGCCGCAAUUGACAAUGGCAGCGCCAAAAUUACUACAAUUUAAAAUUGUAAAAAA